GCUUCCCCGUGAGACACGGCCGACCGCCGCUCUCCUCCUUCAGGGACCGGGCUGAGCGGGAUGCGGCACCUCUGCCCUGCCACCCCUGCCACAUCCCGGUGACCCAGCACCAGUGGGACUCUGCCAGCAGCCCAGCCAGACCUAUCUGAUGGCACGCAGGCCUUGCUGCUGCUCUCACGAAUAGAAACCAGGUUGGGUGCUUCCGUCUGCCCUCUUCUGAAUUGCACCAGUUCCGAGUAUGAGCCAGAAAGAAGAAGAAAUGGAGGAGAGCUCCCCGCCGCUCUGUGCCACCUGCGGCCAGGCACAUUUACCAGAGGAAAACCAUUUGUACACCUACACAGAAGAAGUCGAUGAUGAUCUGAUCUGCCACAUCUGCCUGCAACCUUUGCUUCAGCCGCUAGACACGCUCUGUGGUCAUACCUUCUGCACGGCCUGCCUUACGAACUUCCUCUUGGAAAAGGACUUCUGCCCCAUGGACCGCAAGCUCGUGGUUCUCCAGAGCUGCAGGAAGUCCAGCAUCCUUGUGAAUAACCUCCUGGACAAGCUAAUGGUUAGCUGCCCUUUCACAGAACACUGCUCAGAGGUUGUGCAGCGCGGUCACCUCGAACAACAUUUCCAAACCCAGUGCAAAGGGGCAUCCCACUACGGCCUUACCAAGGAGCGGAAGAGGCGCUCCCAGGACUGCUCCCCGGACCACGGCUCCAGCCUCACGGUCGCCGCCCUGGGCCCCGAGCUCUCCGCAGCUGCGGCCAUCGCCUUAAUGACAGAUGAGCCAGGGCUGGUGAACCCAGCCUUCAGCCCCACCUCGGAGGACAGCCAGUCGGGCAGCGGCCCUGGAGACCUCCACCGCAGCAACCGGAGCAGGACCCGUCACUUUGAACGCUCCACUAUAAGAAGCAGAUCUUUUAAAAAAAUAAACAAGGCAUUCAGUGUUCUUCGAAGGACUAAAAGUGGAAGUGUGGUUUCCAACCAGGCUGACCGAGAAAGGGAGGCUGUUGGGAACUCUGCUGCUGGAGAGGAAGAUUCAGAAUGCUCCAUACCAUUCCCGGUGACAAAAACACAACACUUGGUGGGAAAACCUGCAAGAAUCACCAAAAACAAGACAGAAAGUUUACUGCUUUCUAGAUUCAGCAGCUCUUCGAUAUUUAAGGACUGGAAAUAUAAAAUGGUAAAGAAAGGUUUUCCCAGAUUGUACCACCUGAUUCCAGAUGGGGAAAUCACCUGCAUUAAGAUCAACCGAACCGAUCCCAGUGAGAACCUGGCCAUUAGGAUAGUGGGAGGCAGUGAGACUCCUUUGGUUCACAUCAUUAUACAGCAUAUUUAUCGUGAUGGAGUAAUUGCCAGAGAUGGAAGAUUGCUGCCUGGAGACAUGAUACUAAAGGUGAACGGCAUGGACAUCAAAAACGUGCCUCACAACUACGCCCUGUCGAUCCUGAAGCAGCCCUGCCACGUGCUGCGGCUCACGGUGCUCAGGGAGCAGAGGUACCGGUGCCGAAACAGCGGGCUCGCCCUCGAGGCCCACUGCAACAGGGACGACAGCUUCCACGUCGUCCUGAACAAGAGCAGCCCGGACGAGCAGCUGGGCAUAAAGCUGGUUCGCAGGGCCGACGAGCCCGGGGUGUUUAUCUUCAACCUGUUGGAGGGAGGAGUGGCGGCCCGUGACGGGCAGCUGCAGGAGAACGACCGCGUGCUGGCCAUCAACGGGCACGACCAUCGGUACGGCAGCCUGGAGAGCGCGGCCCACCUGAUACAGGCCAGCGAGAAGCAGGUUCACUUCGUGGUGUCGCGGCAGACCCGGCAGCAGCCCCCGGACAUCCUGCAGGAGACGGGCUGGAGUUAUGGCAGCAGCCCCCAGCCCUGCCCCGCCGAGAGGAACAACCCCUGCAAGAGCACCCUUCAUGCUGUCACCUGCCAUGAGAAGGUGGUGGCUGUCCGGAAAGAUCACACGGAGUCACUGGGAAUGACAGUAGCAGGCGGAGCAACCAACCGGGAAUGGGAUCUGCCUAUCUAUGUGAUAAGCGUUGAACCAGGAGGAGUUAUCAGCAGAGACAGCAGGAUAAAAACAGGUGACAUCCUCCUGAAUGUGAAUGGGAUUGACCUGACGGGGGUCAGCCGGAUGGAUGCUGUCGCCCUGCUGAAAAACACCAGCUCCUCAGUGGUGCUCAAAGCCCUGGAGAUGAGGGCGUGUGAUGGCCAGGAGGAGAGCAGCCGCCAUCCGCCCCUCGAGGCCGCCGAGAGCAGCGAGUGGUCGCCUUCCUGGGUGAUGUGGCUGGGGCUGCCCCGGUAUUUGUACAGCUGCAAAGAAAUCAUAUUACGAAGAAACACAUCCGGAAGUCUUGGCUUCAGCAUCGUAGGAGGCUAUGAAGAACACACGGGGAACAAACCAUUCUUUAUCAAAUCCAUAGUUGGGGGAACACCAGCAUAUAACGAUGGAAGAAUUAGAUGCGGUGAUAUCCUCCUUGCUGUCAACGGCAGAAACACAUCAGGAAUGAUGCAUGCCUGCUUGGCAAGGAUGCUCAAAGAACUGAAAGGAAAAAUUACUCUCACAAUUGCUUCCUGGCCUGGCACUUUUUUAUAAAAUGAGUCUUCAUGGAGAAUACGAGAAGAAAUUUAACAAAGAAAGGAAAAAAAAAAAAAAAAAACAGAUGUCAGCCAUGUUUGCUCUUUGGGGGGGGUCAAAUGUGUGUUUUAUAACAAAAAGGUUUGAGAAAUUUCAACCUGCAUGUCAAGAAAAGUUUAGGCAAAGCAAGGAGACAUCAGAGAAUCACUUCAGAGUGAUUUAAGCGACAGACUUCUUUCCUUCCCCAUGUUCUCAAGCUUUUUUGUGUUUUGUUUUGUUUUAUAUAUAUAUAUAUAUAUAUUUAAUGCAUUAUAAUAAUCAUGGAAUUUAGGGAGCAGCAACUCCUGCUCAGCCACUUUAUUUUGAUUUAUUAAAGAAAUCCUUGAAUAAUUUAUGGAAAAAAUCCUUGCAGUUCUUCCAAUUGCAAAAAUCAGGUGAAGAUUUUUAUCCAACACACGAAUAGCACUUUGAUUAUGUGUACCGUCUCAUGGUCAGCAUGAAGCUGGUAUUUUCAAGACUUUCAAGUACUGUUUGUUAGUCUGUAAAACUGUGAACUACAUUUCUAAAAUUAUUAAAAAUAACUGUAACUGUG